CCCCGCGCGGGGGCGUCGUACCUGGGGGGCUCGGGGCCGCCGGCUCCCCCGAGGCACGUUGCUUCGCCCCGCUGAGCGAAGAAGUUCGCCCCAGACAGGGCGUGGGGCUGGGGGUCUGUUGCGAGGCCUUGAAAGCGACGCGGGGGGUGGGGCAAGGAAGGCCUGGCACAUGAGGCGCCCCGUUACUGUGGGGUGACCUGGGCUUAAGAACUGGGUAAGCCGGGGCUGCUCGUCGUCUCUCAGCCUGCCCUGCCUCACCGGUUGGUUGCGAGGAUGACGGGCGCGGCGUGCUUCGACGUAACCUGCCGUGAGAAUCUUUCAUGUAGAUCAUGUCUGCUCUCCUGUAUCUUAACGUGCACCAUUAGAUCCUGGCUUGACCCCUUGGUUCUCAUUUCAAGCUGAAACUCAGGUGGAGAAUACAGGUGAUCAACAGCGACUUUAUGACUAGAGCUAGCAGGGAUUUCUUGCCUUGGGUUCACUACCAUCAUGGGAGAGAUUAAAAUCUCUCCAGACUAUAACUGGUUCAGAAGUACAGUUCCCCUUAAAAAGAUCAUAGUAGAUGAUGAUGACAGUAAAGUUUGGUCACUUUAUGAUGCAGGGCCCCGGAAUAUCCGGUGCCCCCUUAUAUUUCUCCCGCCUGUCAGUGGAACUGCAGAUGUGUUCUUUCAGCAGAUUUUAGCCCUCUCUGGGUGGGGCUACAGAGUCAUUGCUUUGCAGUAUCCAGUUUACUGGGAAAUUUUUGAGUUCUGCGAUGGAUUCAGAAAACUGUUAGACCAUCUACAGCUGGAUAAAGUUCAUCUGUUUGGUGCUUCUUUGGGAGGCUUCCUUGCUCAGAAGUUUGCCGAAUACACCCAUAAAUCUCCGAGAGUCCAGUCUCUGAUUUUGUGCAACUCUUUCAGUGAUACCUCAAUUUUCAACCAGACCUGGACAGCAAACAGUUUUUGGCUGUUGCCUGCUUUUAUGCUCAAGAAAAUUGUUCUUGGGAACUUUGCAUCUGGUCCUGUAGAUCCUGAAAUGGCUGAUGGAAUUGAUUUCAUGGUCGAUAGGCUGGAAAGCCUGGGUCAGAGCGAGCUUGCUUCAAGACUUACUCUCAAUUGCCAGAAUUCUUAUGUGGAACCGCAUAAAAUCAGAGACAUUCCUGUCACUAUCAUGGAUGUGUUCGACCAGAGUGCUCUUUCCACUGAAGCAAAGGAAGAGAUGUAUAAGUUGUACCCGAGCGCCCGGAGAGCCCACCUCAAGACGGGGGGCAAUUUUCCUUAUCUCUGCAGAAGCGCUGAAGUAAAUCUCUAUAUCCAGGUACACUUACUCCAGUUCCACGGUACCAGGUACGCUGCAAUUGACCCCUCCAUGGUCAGUGCGGAGGAACUCGAAGUCCAGAAGGCCAAGCUCCAAGCCAGCAGUGAGCCAGAGCCGCAGCAAUUGUAGUUCUUGGACUUGUAGCCUCACUUCGUCCAGAGGGUUGUACCAUUUCUUUUGUUUCUUGCAUUCUUCCUUUACAAUUGCAGCUUUCCACGCUGUGUUUUCCAUAGAACGUAAACUGGUUAGAACUAAGUCCUUAAACUAAACUGGACCAAUUUCAUUAAAUGGAACGCAGUAUGGACACUGGUCACAUCCUUGUCAUGAGCUAAAUUGAGGUGACAAUAGCUAAGAAUGCAACUUGAGAAGACUCAUUUAAAAAAGCUGAAACAAGCUUUUGCUACCAAAGUCUGUACACGACUGUGUUCUUAAAGAGAAUAAUCCUUUUUUAAUAUAAAUAAAUCCUCUAUCCUCUGCAUGGGUAUAUAUCAUGAUCAAGUCAUGGAUGUCUGAAAGUUCAUUUAUAAUUUGAAUGUUUACUUUGGAAAAUUAUAUUAAGUGCCAAUAAUGCUAUUACUUUUCUUUAUAUACUGUUGCCAGUUAGUGACUUCAUUUGAGAUCAGAGCAUUCUUUUUUUUUUUUUGUAAGAUUGCAUUGCUAUCUAAACUUUUUGAAUAAAAGUUAAGUUGGAAAAAGCUCCA